CUCCCCGCUGCCGCUUACCUGGGUGUCGGGGCGCGGCGCAUCCCUCGCCCGCAGCCGCAGCCUCCGCCGCCGUUGAGGUGGGUCCCGAGGGUCGUUGGCUGAAGGAGGUCGGUUCCGAACAGAUGUCCCGGGGGUCUGCGCUGAGGACGGUUGGUGCUGAGGAGCGUCCCAAGGGUCUUCCAGGCGAGUUCCAUUCCCUGCCCGUGCUUCCCGCUGCUCCCUGGAUCAGCCCCUGUCUGCGGGAGGUGAGAGCUGUGGCGGAGCCCUCUGGCAGCCCAGGAUGGAUCCCGUGGUUCUCAGCUAUGUGGACAGCCUGCUGAGGCAGUCGGACGUGGCGCUGCUGGAGCCCCCGAACUGGCUCAACGACCGCAUCAUCGGCUUCGCCUUCGAGUACUUCAGCACCCAGCAGUUCCAGGAGUUCGGCCAGCGCGUGUGCUUCAUCAGCCCCGAGGUGGCCCAGUUCAUCAAGUGUGCCCUUAGUCAGGAAGAAAUAGCCAUAUUCCUCCAGCCCCUGGACCUCCUCUGCAAGGAGCUGCUGUUCCUGCCCAUCAAUGACAACUCCAGCCAGGCCGCUGGGGGCACCCACUGGAGCUUGCUGGUUUAUUUCAGGGACAAGAAGUGCUUUGCCCAUUACGAUUCCCACAGUAAAUGCAACUCUGCCCAUGCCAAGCAGGUGGCAGGGAAACUGGAGGCCUUUCUGGGAAAAAGAGGGGGCAAAUGCACCUUUGUGGAGGAGAAGGCGCCGGCACAGCAGAACAGCUACGACUGUGGGAUGUACGUGAUCUGCAACGCCGAGGCUCUGUGCCAAGGCUACUUCCAGGGCAGGAUGGAGCCUCUGCUGCAGCUCCUCACCCCCUCCUACAUCACGCAGAAAAGGUCAGAGUGGAAAGCUCUCAUCACAAAACUGGCACAGAAGUGAUGGGGAUGCACCUCCAGCCCCCCAAAAACUGCCUUCCCAGUCCAAGAGGCAGCACCCCCAGUGCCUGAGGGAGAUGCCCAUGCACAGGAUUGUCCCAAAGAAAAAGAAUGUAACCCCUCUAGCAUGGCUACACCCCCCAAACACCCCGUUCCCUCCAGGAAAAGCCUUAUUCUCCUCUUGAAAUCACCGGCCUUUCAGCUUCUAAUGACAAGAGUCACUUUGCUUUCAAAGAAACCCUCUCCAUGGUAAAUUUUUACAGUAAUUGCUGUGGCAAAACAGGUUGCUAAAGAGACUUCUCCACCUGUGCCCAGCAGGCAGCACACCCUCAUUAGGUGGCUUUAGUUGGCUCCAGGCAUUGUCCUUCCAAGCCAGGUUAAGCAAAUGCUCUUUAAACCCAAGCCCCCGAGUGCUUUAUCGUGGACAGUUCUAAUUUGUGCCUCCUGCUAGUGGUAUUGGAGAAAUGUAGGAUUCAGAAGCCAGGAUUUUGUACCCCUGAAAAUGUGACAUUGAGAUGUCACUGCAAAAAGAUGAGACUGCAAAGGAAAUGCUACAAUUAACUUAAGAACAGGGCAAAAUCAAAGUCAUUUUUCAUCAGCCAGGUGCUCCUCAGCCACACAGCCAUGGCUUUUUUUGGUCCCCCGCCCCUGCUUGUUCUUAUUGCAAAUUAAAACCUGACUCUGAACUGCUGCAAGAUUAAUAAGAAGCUGAGAAAACCAAUCCUAGGAAAAGAAACUUAAUUGAGAUGAAAAGCAACACUCACUCUUUGAAGUUUGGUGUUUUUCAUUAGGAUUUUAGGUCGUCUCUGUGCGGGGAGGGUUUGUCAGUGCUCCCCAACCCUUGUUAGCGGUCGCUGCUCAUAACACAAAACCAGUUCUGUUACUUGAGAGGAAAAAAAAAACAA